AUGAGCGGCCACAGGAGUAGAAGCCUGUUCCGCCGGCGCCACCCGAGCGGUAGCAGCGAUCUGGACACCCUUACUGUUCCUGUGAUUACUGUGAAUAUGCAGUACCUGUCACCUAACCAUAAUACCUCAUCAUCAUCAUCAUCAUCAUCAUCAGUCAGCCAGGGGAAAACACGUAACUGGCUGUCAAAACUUCGAAGAGAACCAAGAAAUAAAAGCAAAAAUUCUCUUUCUUCUUCUUCCAGACACUCAGAGGACUUGAUUGUAACACCAUUCGCCCAAAUUUUGGCCAGUUUACGCAGUGUACGGAAUAAUUACCUAAAUCUUACCAAUGUCAACUUGCCAAAAGAAAGAACUAGAAGGGGCUCUUCAACAGGUCCUCAUGGUUCCCAGAGAGAGCAUCAUCAGCCUCCACCACAAACGUCACAGAAUUCUCAGUCUGGCAGCACAAAUAAAGAUGAAGCAUAUUACAAAAUGGCGCUGGAAACAUUAGAAGAACUCGACUGGUGUUUGGACCAGCUGGAAACCAUCCAAACCCAUCGAUCAGUCAGUGACAUGGCUUCAAGCAAAUUCAAGCGAAUGUUAAACAGAGAGCUGAGUCAUUUUGCAGAAUCAAGUAAAUCAGGGAACCAAAUAGCUGAGUUUAUCUGCAGUACUUACCUGGGUAAGUCAGUUAUUUUUUAUUCUUUUUUUCUUUCUUUCUUGAUCUUAUAUUUUAAUUAA